AUGGAAGAGCUGGAAGAUGGCGAAUACCGCUUGCGCAUUGACGGUGUUCUCGGCGAGUUCGCACAUCCUGCGACCCACAUGCACGUGAACAUAAAGGUGCUGAAAUCCUACAGCAUCAAAGACGUGAAGUCGAGAAUGUGGGCCGUCUGCGAACUCAAUCCAUACGUCCUGCAUCUCUACUUCAAUGGCUCACCGCUCAAAGACAACGUGACAUUGGAGGAGCUGGGACAUCCGGAAGAAUUACAAGGAACUCGAACAAGGUACCAGGACGAAGCUGGCUUCCACCUACUCGAGGCAGCGAAAGCAGGCGACUUCGCUGGCGCCGUGUCUGCCUUAGAGGCAACAGCGGACCCGAACUUCUUCGAGGGCGAGGAUGGUUUGGCGCCGAUUCAUGCUGCCGCGCAGUGCAAGACUCCAGAGCUGCUCCAAUUCUUGUUGGAGCUCAAGGCCUUCUCGGAGCAGCGAACCAGGUCAGACGGGAUGACUCCCCUGCAUUGCGCGGCUAGAAGCAGCAGUGUCGAGGCACUGCAGAUUCUUCUUCGACUCGAUGCUACCGUCGACAGACAGGAUUACAACUCCUGGACGCCACUGCACCAUGCCGUCGAUGCGGGGCAGCUUCCUCUCGUCGAGGUUCUCCUGGAGGCACGCGCUCCAGUUGACCAGCUGACCACCUGCUGGGCACCUCUGCAUUUUGCCGUGGUGAAAGGCUACACCAAGAUCGUGGAGCUGCUGUCCAAGAGAGGCGCUGAUAUGAAUGUGCGAACAGCGCAGGAGGACGCUUCGACACCUCUCCAUUUUGCCGCAGCUGGUGGCGAGGGUCGAGUCAUCGGCCUUCUUCAACGAGGUGGUGCCACGCCGAAUCUGACUCUCGAAGGUGGAUGGACUCCGCUCCACGUGGCCGCGCUUCUCAACAAGAAAGAAGUCAUCAAGGUCAUUAUCCGAGGUAGAGCAGAUCCACAACAGCCUUUGGCCGCAGAUGGAAUCACUGCACUCCACAUUGCCAUUGCUGCCAAGCACGAAGACAUAGUGACGCAGCUGCUGAAAGCAUACGCCGACUCCGAAGCCAAGAUGACGGGCGCCGUGACAGCGCUUCAUUUGGCAGCGGCGACAGGCCACACAGCCCCAGCCAAGGCGCUGCUGUCCUGCCGAGCCUUCGUGGAUGCGAACCGGACGUGCGACCAAGCCACCGCCCUGACACUGGCCGCUGAACACGGUUUCGCUGAAGUGGCGCAAGUCCUGCUCCAGGCUGGCGCCCAGGCCAACUUUCGCCGAGUGGACGGUGUGGCACCACUGCACCUAGCCGCAGGCCUUGGCAACGCUACGCUUUGCAAGGCCCUCCUGCAGGCAAGGGCCAACUGCAGCAUCCAGGUAGACGAUGGUAUUCGCCGGUCUUCACACUACACCAAAGUGGGUGGCGAGACGCCGCUGCAUUUUGCAGCUCAAGGUGGCUACGAGCAAGCCGUGGCAGCGCUGCUGGAAGCGCAAGCGGAGCUGGACAGGCCAAGCACCGACGGUCGCACUCCGAUCCACAUGGCAGCAUACACCGGUUAUGCGACAGUUUGUCAGCUGCUGCUGGAGGCCCGCACUCCUCCGGAUAUCACCAUGCCCAAGGGAUGGACCGCGCUACACCUGGCCGCGCACCACGGCUUCGGCGAGGUAAUCGACGUUUUGAUUGCCGGAGGCGCCAGCGUCGAUGCUGCAACGGACGACGGAUGGACACCACUCUUCAUGGCGGCCAAAGAAGAUCAAGAGGAUGCUGCCGAUCGUCUUGUUCGAGCCGGCGCCCAGCCGUCCACGGCAACUGCUGCAGCAGCAAAGACAACACUUGGGCCGCUUGCGCGGACUGUGACAAGCGUUCUUGGCGAGGUAGCCAGCCCCUGA